AAAAAUGGAGGGAAAGCAUUCAAUCCCCAAUCGCCUCUACUUGCUGACGAAAAUCAAAGAGCUCACGCGAUCACUUGUUGAAGAUCUAUGUAACGGUCGAUCGCCGACCUUAAAAAUCGAUCAGUUCACUUCCUAUUGUUCUGAAGAUUCUGGAAAAUGCAACCAAUUAAGAGUGACUCGUGGGGGUUUCCGUUUGCAUUUAUGCAGCUGUUGCAGCUAUAAUUUGCCAAAAGGGAAGGAAAUUCUCACGUUGCGUAGGGAAAGUCAAUCACGAAGGUUCGAUGCAUUGCUAAGGGUAUUGCUAAUAGUUCAGCAACUCCUCCAAGAAAACAAGCAUGGCUCGAAGAGAGAUAUUUAUUACAUGCACCCUUCGGUUUUUAAAGAACAAUCUGUUGUUGACCGGGCGGUAAAUGACAUUUGCAUUCUUCUGCAGUGCAGUCGCCACAAUUUGAACGUGGUAUCUGUAGGAAACGGCUUGGUAAUGGGUUGGGUGAGAUUUGCAGAAGCUGGGAGAAAAUUUGAUUGCAUCAGCAGUCCUAACACAGCACACCAAAUCCCUGUCUAUGUAGAAGAUGUAGAAGAUAUAAUCAGUGUGGCUGAAUACAUAUUAAUUGUGGAAAAAGAAUCAGUGUUUCAGAGGCUGGCGAAUGAUCAGUUCUGUAGAAAAAACCGCUGCAUAGUUAUCACGGGAAGAGGGUACCCUGAUGUUCCCACAAGAAGAUUUUUGCACCUCCUUAUUGAAAAAUUGCGUCUGCCUGUGUAUUGCUUGGUGGAUUGUGAUCCAUAUGGCAUCGAUAUCUUGGCAACCUUCCGUUUUGGUUCUAUGCAAAUGGCUUAUGAUGCGAAAUCUCUACGUCUACCUGAGAUUCAAUGGCUUGGAGCUUUUCCAUCAGACUGUGAGAAGUAUCAACUCCCACAGCAUUGUCUCCUACCUUUGACAACUGAAGAUAAGCAGAAAGCCGAAGGCAUAUUACACAGGUGUUACGUAGAACGAGAAGCCCCAAGUUGGAGGUAUGAACUCCAGUUGAUGCUGGAUAGAGGAGUCAAAUUCGAGAUUGAAGCAUUGUCGGUACACUCACUUACAUUCUUGUCGGAGAAUUAUCUUCCGUCCAAGAUCCAAAUGGGAGCCUUCAUUUAACUUUAGGUACUUCCUUGUUUAUUUCUAAUACGCAAUAUAUCCGUCCAAUUAUCUUAUCAUGCCUAAGCUGUUCGAAAAUUGUUUUCAAGAUUUUUUUUUUCAAUAUAUUGACGUGUCUUCUUAUACUAGGAACUUUCGUAAAUUUGAGUUAUUGGGAUUCGUUUCAAUCUUUUCGGGAUUCGGUGGAAUAUGGUAUAGCUUACAUAAUAAGCGAAUUUGAAAGUCAGUAAGUUUCUCGAAUUAUUGUACUCGUAGAAGAACUACUUUGUAGAUAAAUUGAAAUUCAAUAUUUGUUUG